AUGGGUCUGCCUCCUGCAGGGGUGUCCACGGACAGAGAAGAGAGACUUCAGGGGACUAAAAAGAAGACUGAAGAGCCAUCCAUUUCUGCAGCCAUCCAGCUCUCUGUCCCUCCAGCUCCUGAGAGGAGGACAAGCCUCUCACCACCACCCACUGAGCGAGAGGAGGAUACAGAGGGAGAGCUGAGGGAGGUGCAGGCAGAACUUUUAGAGGAGGAAAAAGAAACUAAGACAGUUGAGAGAGUGCAAAAAGGAGAGGAAGAAGAGGCAGAGGAGGAGGCGGAAAUGAUGCACGUGGUAGCUAGUGAUGUGGAGGGAGAAGCGAAGGAACUUGUAGGUGGCUCAGUGUUGUCUCCGCCCGUCUCCACACCUCCCUCUGGUCUGGACAGGAUUGUGCACAAACAUCUCGGCAACUUCUCCUCUGAGAUUCAGCUCCUCCUGCAGGAGCAGAGCGUUAGUUACAGCUUCCCACAGUCCCCACACUCCACUUCAGAAACCCCGGCACCGCAGCACACACUCCCACACAGCCUCAUAUCUAAGUUUUCACAGUAUGUGUCUUUCUACAACCCGUGCCCCCCGGUGCAGGACUACGUUAGCUCGCUACAGGACGGCAUUAGCAGCGUCCUGUCAGAGUUUGAUGACGGCUGCCCGAGCCACAAGCCCAGCACCAGCCGGCCUGAUGUCGAAGACGCAUUGGCGAGCAAAGUCAGUGAUUUUGUGUCCAGCAUACGAGCAGCUAAUGUUAACACGGACAGAGAGGAUGAUGGUUUCUGUUAUGAACGUACAGCUGCUGAUGCUGGCGCUUCAGUCAGUCAAAAUCCUGCUCUCUCCGGAGGAGGUGACGUGUGGCAGCCACACAUAACCACCGGUCAGUCCCCGAAUGCCACAAACAACAGGACACCCCCAACGUCUCAUAUUACUUUAUCUGUUACUACCUCUGCAGCUGGUUCUGUCUGCAGCCUCAUCCCGCCUCCUGAGAACUCUCCGCAGUCCCACUGGAGUCUGCAGCAAAGUCUCAGUGUAGAGGUCGAUAGAACAAUCGGUAAUGACGUCAGACAAGCACAAGACAACAGCGGUACCAGGACUGUACAUUUCACCGCCGGUGCAGAGGGUGGGAGUGUUCUCGCGGGCACAAACUGUAAGGUGACUGUAUCCGGGUUCAGCGGCGUCCCGCAGCCCUCGACAGAACCGUCACACCCCUCUGAGCUGGUCUCCAGUCCGGCCUCUGUGCCCGGGUCCACCACAGGCCCCACUCCCCCGGCUGCUGCCCUGAGCUCGCUGAUCAGCCAGCUGCAGCCCGAGGUGUUCAGCAGCCUGGUGAAGAUCAUCAAAGACGUCAAGAAAAACUCCCUUCAGUUCUACCUCCACAGCACCGAGGCGGGGGACCAGGUCCACGAAGACGUCAAGGAGUACCUGUUGAAGCAGGGUAACGUGGAGCAGAGUCCUGUGGCCUUUCUGAAGCAGGAAAACUGUAACAACAAACUGCUGGUCAUCAUUAAAAACAAAGACAUCGCAGCUCACAUACACAAGAUCCCAGGUCUGGUGUCUCUGAAGCGACAGGCCUCUGUGGUGUUUGUAGGAAUCGAUACACUGGACGACAUCAGGAACAACAGCUACAACGAGCUUUUUGUCUCCGGAGGCUGCAUCGUUUCGGACGAGUUGAUCCUCAAUCCAGACUUCAUCACUCACGAUCGACUGGCUGCACUGCUGAUGUUUCUGGAGCAGCACAGUUCUCUGGAGAGCGUCUGGAGGUGGAAAGUUCACUGCAAAACCCACAAGAAAUUAAAAGAACAAGCCAGGUUCAGGAGAGACGCAGCCAACCUACUGGACGUACUGUCAGCCUAUCAGAAGCGACAGAUCGUCGAGUUCCUCCCAUAUCACAACUGCGACAUGAUGAACUAUCAGUCACCUGACCUGGACUGUCUCAAGGAGCUCCAGGCCCGAUACACUCAGUACCGACACACGAUCUUCCUGACGGAGCAUCAUUUUGAGAAGUUCCCCGCCUACGCCAAUGGCAUCAUCGUGGCCAGUUUUGAAGAACUUCUGCAAAACUUCACCAGAUUGGUCGGUUACCAUGACAUCAGGGACAGGCAGCCAGUCAUAGGUGACAUGCUGGCCAAAGAACACGUCCAUCCCCUCUCCUCCCGUGAUCAACCCCAACACCUCCUGCAGCAGUCCGGCUCCCUCCUCCCCUCUCUCUCCCACCUGUCCGACCAGCUCGUCCCGGACGCCUCCUGUAAGGACGUUGUCCCGCCCCACACAGAGUCAGAUUUGGAGGUUCUCCAAAUGGCUAUCUCACAGUUACGGGCCGAGCGUCAGGCGCAGCUGCAGCAGCAGUUGGACUCUCAGGCGGAGUUGAGCAUCAACUCCCUCCAAAACUUUCUCCCUAAUCUUGCUCCGACGGGAGGUGCUCCCACCACCAGCCCCCAUUCAGCCCAAGGAGGUCCCACUGAGUCGCAGACGGUCUUUCGGGACAGGAAAGCAGUGGCAGCCACUCUGGACUUAAUUCACUCAAGGUUACAACAGGAGGAGAGGAGGGAGGACGGAGCAGGGACUCCCACAGAGCGACGGAGGAGUGGAGGAGGUCAGGGAGGAGGAGAAACUGGAGAUCAGAUGGAUGGCACUCCAGUAACAGCAGCGGGGUUACUGGGAGAGAACCGGGGUCCCAGUAAUAGUGACACAUCUCCCCCUUCGUCUGAUCCAAACGCAGCUGCAGUGAUUGGACCGAGCACCCAGACGGACUCGACCUGUGACAGGAGAGAGAAAGCGGAUCCAAAAGGAGACGCCGCCUCCUCCAAUGCCACCGCUGCUCCUGCAAAGAGCGACCGAUCGAGAGACACACAGUCGGGUCAGGAGCAGCCAAUCAGUGCAGAGGGAGUCCCGCCUGGGAGCAACACCGCCAGUGGCACAAAGAUCCAGCAGCCCCAACAACACCUGCAGAACCUGAACAGCCAGCAGCUCCAGCCGAAUGCGUCACACCAGUGGGGCACCGGCCUCCUGCACCCUCCGCACCUUCCUCACCCUCCGCACCUGCCCCAAUUCCCCAACCAGCAUUUCUCCCGUGGCUCCGUGCUGGCGCCCCUGACUGCCCUGGGAGGCGGCCUCCUGGGGUCCACGCCUGUCUGGCCGGGGGGCCUGGGCCCCGCAGGUGCCGCCCUGGUGUGGGGCUUCCGACAGGCCGGCAGGGACUUCAGUGGUCCGAGCCUGCUCGGGGGAUACCACAACCCUGCAGGUCAGGGCAGCAACAGGUACAGAGGGGGGCAAAGGUGAGGAGGAUUUAAUGUAGAGAGGCGCUUUAACUGCACCAGCUAAUCCACAUCUGCUGUUCAUGUAGCAGGUUUAAGAAAACCAAACUCCUCCACUGUGUUCACAGAGAAUGGGAGGUCGAAACACGCACAUUGUACAUAAUUUAAGGUGCUAGACUGAUAAAAGGAGGGACCGCUCUCUGUAUGCAGCUCACACGGUUCAUUAUUUAUCGUCAGAAAAUCAGGGUGAUGUCUGACCCUGAUCCAGAACAGUCGAAGCACGGACUCCAAGAAUUUCAAUGUAAAUAAUAAAUAAAAAGCUGUAGAUGAUUCUCUCAAAAUACACAUAUCACUUUCAUAAAUUACCAGUAGAAAGUAACUCUUGUGUAGUAUACCAAGUGUGGACUAAAAGUACCUGAUUACACAGCAGAAAACUGCUGCUGUGGAGGAAAAAAGUAGUAUAGUGGAGUUUACUACGUACUGUAAGCACAAAGAAAAACACUAAUAGUUAAAAAAAACACUUAUGUAAAAUCUUUGAACUGGAGAUUUUUUAAAAAAGGAACGUUUCUCUGAUAGUUUUCAGAGGUUUAUUUUAAUUUCACUCAGAACUGACCUGUCGUGGAAAUACAAAGAUUUCUGGAGGUGCUUUUUUUUUUUUAGCUCAGAGAUCAUCUUCGAAGUUGAAUGAAUGGUAUCAGGAUUAAACAGUUAAAAUAUUUGGGUGAAUAUUCACCUGUUUCUGUUCUGAGUAGGAGCACUAACUAAAGCGUUAGAAGCUUCCGGUUGGAUCCAAAUCUCACCAGCUUGACGGUUUUGACAGUUUUCUGUCAACAAGCGAUUAUUCCAACAACCUGACGACGUUGUUUCUUAAAGGAACCAUAGAGGAUGUUUUCUGCAGUGAGGAAACUCGAGCUGGUUGUUUGUUCUCUUUGCAUCAUACGAGACACCGAUCCUGACUCUUAAAGUGGACACUGAGACUUUAGAGGACUUCGAAAAAAACAAGAGGAUGGACAGACUGCCUUAUUCGUCUUCCACUGGACUCUUUGUUAUGUAAAUAAAAAACAUGUUUUUGUACUGUU